AUGAUGAAAUCGAUUCACCUCCGUCAAGCCGGACGCAUUGCUCAGGCAGCAUCAUGCCAGCGACGAGGCUUCACAGUCUCUUCACGUCUACAGAAGGCCACAGCUGCAGAUGCUUCAUCAUAUCUUCUUGAAAACUUUGCCGACAAGUCUGUUAUCCGUCGUCAACUCAUCGACGCCAACCAAUUACAAAAGCUCGCUCUCACGCUUGGCCGUCCCAACCUCAACGGCACAGACGUUUCUGAGAAUGCGCCAGUAGCUGGAACUCCUGUGCCUCCGGGAUAUCAUCUGGCGUAUUUCACGCCAAAUGGCACUGAGGGAGACCUUGGUGCGGAUGGAACAGACAGGACAUUUAAUGCGUCUGCCCCGUUCACGAGGAGAAUGUGGGCUGGCGGAAAGAUGCAGUGGGCAGAGCCCUCAAGUGGUGCUCUCCUUCGAGUUGGAGAUGAGGUUGAAGAGCGGACAAGGCUGUUGAGUGCUGUCCCAAAGAAGAGCCGCUCGGCAGGAGAAAUGGUUCUGGUUGAGGUUGAGAAAGAGUUCUGGGGUCCAAAGGGUUUGGCCUUGACUGAUCGUCGAUCAUGGGUCUUUCGACCUGAGAUUGACCUUAAUGCCAUCAAGGAGCCGCCAAAGCCGCUUGAAAACGUCACUCGUGGUCCAUCAUCUGUGAAGGACUUGGCAACCAAGAGCGAGGGCGCUCCCAUCCGAGAACUUCGAUGGUCACCAGUUGGUCUAUUCAGAUUCUCUGCUCUCACAUUCAACGGCCACAUGAUCCACUACAACGAGGACUGGACUCGCAACGUGGAAGAUCACCCCGGCCUGGUGGUUCAUGGGCCCCUGAAUCUCAUCAAUCUCCUGAACUACUGGCGCGACAUUCAUGGAAACGGAGAGGGUCCUAGAGAUAUCAAGUAUAGGGCCAUGUCGCCUUUGUAUGCGGGUGAGACGUACAACAUCCGGACGGAUGGUGUGCGAGAUGCCGAGGGUGGAAAGGUUUGGGAUGUAUUGGUGGAAAAGAAUGGCACUGUUUGCAUGAAGAGCGAGAUAUCAGCUUAA